CUGAGAUCGAAUUUUGAACUGUGAAGCACAUUAAAAAUUGAUUUUCUGGGCCUGAUUAGUUUCCCCACAUACAGAAGCCUUUCUUCUUGCUGCAACCAAGAAUAAUAUACGAGAAUGGGAGGGUUUAGGAAUCAAUCAAUUGCUUUAUUUACAAAGAAUCUCGUAUUCUAUAAAAGGCAUUUGCGUUCCCAUCUACGGCUGAUCCUCUUCCCAGUUGUUUUGAUGAUUUUGCUGGGAGUUAUUCGAUUCAAGGCGCGACAAAAGAGAAUGGAUACUCAGUCGGAAACAAAUUCUACAGAGUUGACUCCCGUGUUUCUAAUCGCAAAUUCUACGUAUCGAGCUGUAAAGACAGAACUAAUGCCGUUUCAGGAUUUACCAAACAAAUCUUGUAGGGAAAAUAAUGGCUCUUGUCCAGUAACGGUACUUGUAACUGGAAACAACAGAACUUUUGUGGAAGGUGUUGCUGGAAAUCUGUUCUCUAAUUUUACUGACAGCUCUAACUCGACGGCUGCUGGUGUUUUCGUGGAGGAACAAACAUAUGAUUAUGAAGAUCUGUAUUAUUAUCUUCAAUCUCAAUGCGUGAACAACUUCACAAUUCCUAUUUCUGUUCUAGGUGAAGAAAUAGUUUCAGAGGCUCAGUGUCUUGAAGGUAUACAUCUUUGGCGUGCAGACUACAAAGUGAUUAACAAUGAAAUCUUUGAAGGCUAUUACAAUGGAAGUCCUAAAGGAGAGAUCAACGAGAUCCUCGCUGGUUGGUAA